AAUUAAAAAGGGAAAAAAGCCCAAUAGCCUGGAGAAGCUUGUGUGUUUGCCCUUUGUAAUGACGUAGUGUCCUGUGCCUCUCCCCUAACUCCCUUCCCCUCCCUUCGGCCAGCCCCCACCCCUCGCCCCUCACAGCCUUGGAAGCCACAAUUAAGCGGCUCUGGGAUAAAACACACUGGCUGCAAGAGGACUGGGGCAUUGCUUCAAGAGAUGGCAAGGCAGCUGGCUGCAUCCCUCCUUCCCGGAGUCCUCCUCCUCCUCGCCAUCCUCCCGGCUUCUCGGCAAGGAGGGGUGCCUGGUGCUGGAGGGGGAGUUCCAGCUCUAGGAUAUUACCCAGGAGCUGCUGGGGUUGGAGGCCUGGGAGCAGGAGGCCUGGGGGCGGGAGCUGGACUUGCAGGGCUCGGUGUUGGAGCGAAACCUCCCAAGCCAGGCCUCGGGGGACUUGGCGCACUUGGCCUGCAGCCAGGUGGCAUAGUCCAGCCAGGUUUCUACCCAGGAGGCGUCUACCCGGGCGGCAUCUACCCAGGGGCUGGGCUGGGAGCCUAUAAAGCUGUUGCCAAAGCUGGUGCUGGUGUGGGCGGAGUCGGCGGUGUGGGCGGAGUCGGCGGUGUGGGUGGACCCGGUGGUGUUGGGGUCUCCACAGGUGCUGUAGUGCCCCAGACUGGGGUUCAGCCAGGUGUAGGCGCUGGAGGGAAACCUGCCAAGGUACCAGGUGUUGGCAUUCCAGGGGUGUACCCAGGAGGCGUGCUCCCAGGAACAGGGGUCCGUUACCCUGGCAUAGGUGUCCUGCCUGGUGUACCCACUGGGACUGGAGUCAAGGCGAAAGCCCCAGGAGCAGCAGGAGCCCUUGCAGGAAUUCCCGGAUUUGGAGGCUUCGGGGGCCAGCAGCCUGGCGUCCCUCUGGGAUACCCCAUCAAAGCCCCCAAGCUCCCAGGUGGCUAUGGGCUGCCCUACAGCACUGGAAAGCUGCCUUACGGGUACGGACCAGGUGGGCUAGGUGCUGGUGCUGCGGGAAAGGCAGGAUACCCAACAGGGACAGGAGUUGGAGCUCAGGUAGCAGCAGCUAAAGCAGCAGCUAAAUAUGGUGCUGGUGUCGUGCCUGGUGCUGCUGGCAUCCCCGGAGUCGGAGGUCUCGGAGGCCUGGUGCCUGGCGUUGGGGGUCUCCCUGGAGUUGCAGGUGUCCCAGGGGUUGCAGGAGUUGGAACCCCAGCGGCAGCAGCAGCAGCAAAAGCAGCCAAGUACGGAGCGGCUGGUGUUGGAGGCCUGGUGCCCGGUGUCGGCGCUGUCCCUGGCGUGGUGCCCGGUGUUGGCGGUGUCCCUGGCGUGGUGCCCGGUAUUGGCGGUGUCCCAGGAGUUGGAGUUGGAAUCCCAGCAGGAGCGGCAGCAGCAGCAAAAGCCGCCAAGUACGGAGCGGCUGGUGUUGGAGGCCUGGUGCCCGGUGUCGGCGCUGUCCCUGGCUUGGUGCCUGGUGUCGGCGCUGUCCCUGGCGUGGUGCCCGGUGUCGGCGCUGUCCCUGGCGUGGUGCCCGGUGUCGGCGGUGUCCCAGGAGUUGGAGUUGGAAUCCCAGCAGGAGCGGCAGCAGCAGCAAAAGCCGCCAAGUACGGAGCGGCUGGUGUUGGAGGCCUGGUGCCCGGUGUCGGCGCUGUCCCUGGCUUGGUGCCUGGUGUCGGCGGUAUCCCUGGCGUGGUGCCCGGUGUCGGCGCUGUCCCUGGCGUGGUGCCCGGUAUUGGCGGUGUCCCAGGAGUUGGAGCUGGAAUCCCAGCAGGAGCGGCAGCAGCAGCAAAAGCCGCCAAGUACGGAGCGGCUGGUGUUGGAGGCCUGGUGCCCGGUGUCGGCGCUGUCCCUGGCUUGGUGCCUGGUGUCGGCGGUAUCCCUGGCGUGGUGCCCGGUGUCGGCGCUGUCCCUGGCGUGGUGCCCGGUGUCGGCGGUGUCCCAGGAGUUGGAGUUGGAAUCCCAGCAGGAGCGGCAGCAGCAGCAAAAGCCGCCAAGUACGGAGCGGCUGGUGUUGGAGGCCUGGUGCCCGGUGUCGGCGCUGUCCCUGGCUUGGUGCCUGGUGUCGGCGGUAUCCCUGGCGUGGUGCCCGGUGUCGGCGCUGUCCCUGGCGUGGUGCCCGGUGUCGGCGGUGUCCCAGGAGUUGGAGUUGGAAUCCCAGCAGGAGCGGCAGCAGCAGCAAAAGCCGCCAAGUACGGAGCGGCUGGUGUUGGAGGCCUGGUGCCCGGCGUCGGCGGUGUCCCUGGCCUGGUGCCCGGCGUCGGCGGUGUCCCUGGCCUGGUGCCCGGCGUCGGCGGUAUCCCAGGAGUUGGAGCUGGAAUCCCAGCAGGAGCGGCAGCAGCAGCAAAAGCAGCAGCGAAAGCAGCAGCCUAUGGGGCUGGACGCAUACCAGGUGUGGUACCGGGAGUUGGAGGCUUGGUGCCCGGCAUUGGUGGGGGUCUGGUGCCCGGCGUUGGUGCCGGUCUGGUGCCCGGUGUUGGUGGAGCCCUGGUGCCUGGCAUUGGAGGUGUUGUCAGUCCGGCAGCAGCAGCCAAAGCAGCAGCCAAAGCAGCCAAGUACGGAGCUGGCGGAGUCGGAGGCCUGGUGCCCGGUGGAGUCGGAGGCCUGGUGCCCGGUGGAGUCGGAGGCCUGGUGCCUGGUGGAGUCGGAGGCGUCCCAGGAGUCAUCAGUCCCGCAGCAGCAGCUAAAGCAGCUGCCAAAGCAGCCAAGUAUGGUGCUGGCGUCGUGCCCGGGGCCGGCGGGGUGCCUGGCUUAGUGCCCGGGGCUGGCGGGGUGCCAGUCGCAACGCCUGGGGCCGGUGGGGUACCUGUUGUAACGCCGGGGACUGGGGGAGUGCCAGUCUUUGUGCCCGGCGCAGGACAAGUGCCAGGAACGGGCAUUGUACCUGGAGCAGGGAUUCCUCAGCUGGGCGUGCAGCCAGGCGCCAAGCCUCCAAAGUACGGGUUCGGUGUUGGGGGCCUGCAGCCAGGGGCUGGAGUUCCUGGCUUCGGUUUGUCUCCCAUUUACCCAGGUGGACUCGCUGGCCAGCUGGGAUACGGCGGAAAACCUCUCAAGACCUAUGGUGGGGCCCUGGGAGCCCUGGGAUACAGAGGUGGCGUGGGCUGUGCGCAAGGGAAGUACUGUGGCAGGAAGCGGAAGUAACCCAGCCAGGCUGCUACCAUUAACCUCAUGAACUUUGGUGCUACUGCAUGGUCUAGAAUGUAAACCCUGAGUAAAGCAGCGAUCCCGCCCCAUCCCCCGUUCCCCCGCCAGCCCCCCGGAGGGAAUUCCAUGGCCCCUGACGCUCCCUUCGCUCCGGCCCAGGGGUCCCUGCCCUCUCUCCAGCGGGAAGCACAGAACAAACUGUGGGAAAUGCCGUUCCCACUGGUGCUAAAGCUCCCUGCAGGGAGAGCUGGGCAGGCCUCCAUGGGGCAGGACUGGACCCUCCCCAGGGGACGGGAGCCAUGGGCCCUCGGGGAGGAGGAGAUGGGGGCUGGUUUCCAAGAGGACAGCGAGCGGCUGGGCUCCACCUGCCUCCAGCAUAUGGGCGAAUGACCCGUCAGCAGUGCCCAGGCCCAGCAUAUCCCAGCUGCUCCCAAGACUCCGUCCAGCUGGCCAGGAACUGCUUAGCAGCUAGCCAGCCUUGAUCCCCCGCCCCUCAUGUCUGUCAGCCCCCUCCGUGCCUCCCCGCCCCAGUGCCCACGCUGCGGGAUGCCACGGGAUGGGGCUUGUGGGCUCCAUGCAGGCGGGCAGGGGGAUUCCUCCUGCUCUGACACUCAUGCCAGCGGGGCCUGUAGGGCUCAUGGGUCGGUUAAAUUCACCCAGAGUUCUUUGCGGUGGGGCCAUCUGAUUGGCUGACGCGUCCCCAUGCUGGAGGACACGGCCCUUCCGGUGUGUGGGGAGGGGUUGGCACGAUCAGCAGAGCCAAGUCACUAACACUGAUGGGAUUCGCCAUGUGCCCGCCCUCACUCAGCAGUACUGUACGGGCAGCCAGCGCCAGCCCAGCCCUGCCAUGUCUCUGAGGCCCCGCUGGGACCUGCCCUUCCUCUUGCCCUGGAUGCCCGUGUGUUCCUGAGCCGUGGGCCGGAAGGAAUCGCACCUCUCCAUGUUACUCACUUGGUAUAGCUCGGGUGGGACAUGUUAUAAAGAGGGAAAGUAACUGCUUCCAAACGACUAAUAAACAAUGACUUCUAAAGGA